UUUAAACAUCCGGCGGGUUAUCUGGCUCCCCGUCUAUCUGUGCUUCAGUGGUUCAAACUCGUGUUUAAAUGACUGAUACAACGAAUUGUCUGUUAUAAACGUUCAAUUUACGAUUUCAUCAACUGCUAUGUAGCCUCUACUACUGCAACAGCUGAACUAUCAAAUGUGAAAGGAGAGACAAUGAAGAACAGAGGUGGCAUGGGCGGAGUGGACAACCGACUUAAACAGAGAGUUGAGCAGUAUUUAAGUAACCACAGCGGACAGUUUGUUGACAUUAUGUCAAUGGCACAAGAUCUUCAGAAACUCUACAGAAUGGAGUAUGGCAGACGAAACAAGACUGCAUUUAGGAUUCAGGUGGAAAAAGUUCAUGGAUUGAUAUGCGAUGAAUCUGGAUUGACAGAUCUGGAGAACAAACACUUGGCCAAGAGAGCCAGACACAAUCAGAAGGAUGCUGGUGAAGGUUUCAGUAACUCUGAAGACACAACUGAUAGUGAUGAGGACCUUUCUGAACAACCGCCCAUCAACCUCAUGAAUAGCUCCUUGAUGUCCCUGUACAAGAAGGGGAACCCAGAGAGUGGGGACUCUCCCAGGAGAGAUCAGUCUGUAUCGGACAGCCCUGCUCAAGCUCAGUCCACGCCACUUAGCACGGCAACCAAGGUGUCUACAGGGGGGUGGUUUAUUGACCGGGGCAGGGGCCCAGAGAAGGACAGCAUCCUCAUUGACCUUUGCCAAGAGGAGGCAGCUACUCCUGCAAACAAUAAUCGAUCAGAUGUUUCGAUGCUCGAACCUGAGAGAAAAAACACGAAAGCGAAAUUGAGGAAAUCUAAACGCCAGAAAGCGGGAGCAUCAAAGGGCGAUGGUGAUGACAUUGAAGCCAGUAUCAUGAACAAGAAAGCGCGCACCAAGUCUGUUGAGUUACAGUAUUCUACAUUGAAGUUUGAAGAUGUUGGAGGCAAUGAGGACACCCUGACGGAGGUGUGUAAGCUGCUCAUCCAUAUGAGGCACCCAGAGGUGUAUGAGCAGCUGGGCGUGGUCCCCCCCAGGGGGUUUCUGCUCCAUGGCCCCCCUGGCUGUGGGAAAACUCUGCUGGCCCAGGCUGUAGCUGGGGAGAUGGAGUUACCCAUGUUGAAGGUUUCUGCGCCAGAGCUGGUGUCUGGGGUGUCGGGGGAGUCUGAACAGAAGCUGAGAGAGCUGUUUGAGCAGGCUGUGACCAACUCCCCCUGCAUUUUGUUCAUUGACGAGAUUGAUGCCAUCACCCCUAAGAGAGAGGUAGCCUCAAAGGACAUGGAGAGACGGAUUGUUGCUCAGUUGCUCACUUGCAUGGACGACCUGAACUCUUUAGCGGUCACAACCCAGGUACUGGUCAUUGGUGCCACUAACCGGCCAGACUCUCUAGACCCAGCCCUACGCCGUGCAGGACGCUUUGACAAAGAAAUCUGUCUUGGGAUUCCUGAUGAAGCAGCUCGCCUCCGAAUUCUAAAGACACUGUGUCGGAAACUGAAGCUCCCUGAAGACUUUGACUACCGGCAGCUGGCACGUCUCACCCCCGGCUACGUCGGAGCGGACCUGAUGGCACUGUGCCGCGAGGCUGCCAUGAGCGCCGUCAACCGGGUCCUGCUGGAGAUGCAACCCCAGAACCAGCUCCCCGUGGUGGAGGGGAAAGAAGAGUCCCAGGGGCCUCAGGGCACAAGACCUCUCCCGAAGGCCCAGGAUGGAGCGACGGAACGCCAGGCCUCGGCAGACCCUGAGAGCGAGGAGAUGGACCUCAGCCAUGUGCCACAGGGAGAAGAGCAGCGGCCCCAGGCAACGGAGGCAUCGUUCCAGGGGGAGCUGUGUCGCUUGCUCUCUCUGCUGAAGAGCAGUGAGUCCCUCUCUGCAGAGCAGCUGGCCGGCCUGUGCAUCCUCAUGUCCGACUUCCAGGGUUCCCUGGCCAGUGUUCAGCCGUCUGCCAAGCGUGAAGGCUUCGCCACAGUGCCAGACGUCACCUGGGAGGAUGUGGGGGCCUUGCAGGACAUCCGGGAGGAGCUCACCAUGGCCAUCCUGGCUCCGGUGCGUUCUCCUGAACAGUUUAAAGCCCUGGGUCUCAGUGCUCCUGCAGGUGUAUUGCUUGCUGGGCCCCCAGGCUGUGGAAAGACUUUACUAGCCAAGGCUGUUGCCAAUGAGUCAGGACUUAACUUCAUCUCUGUCAAGGGACCAGAGUUGCUGAACAUGUAUGUGGGAGAGAGUGAGCGGGCCGUGCGACAGGUGUUCCAGAGAGGGCAGAACUCCGCCCCCUGUGUUAUCUUUUUCGACGAAAUCGAUGCGUUGUGCCCCCGACGCUCCGGGCAUGAGUCUGGAGCUAGUGUCCGUGUGGUCAAUCAGCUGCUUACCGAGAUGGACGGGCUGGAGACUCGGAGGCAAGUCUUCAUCAUGGCUGCUACCAAUCGACCAGAUAUCAUUGAUCCUGCUGUGCUGAGGCCCGGUCGUCUGGACAAGACUUUAUAUGUGGGCCUCCCGCCUCCAUCAGACCGACACGCCAUUUUACUCACCAUCACCAAGGGCGGAAGCAGGCCUCAUCUAGAGGAGGAUGUGAGUCUGGAGGAGAUCGCGCACGACGAACGCAGUGACUGCUUCACUGGGGCAGACCUGUCUGCGUUGGUGAGGGAAGCCUCUGUCAACGCUCUGAGAGCCUACCUCCUGACCCAACCCAACCCGACCUACUCAGGUCACCACUACUCCAGUGGCCCUGUGGCCAAAAUCCGGGUCAGCAAGAAGAAUUUUGAGGAUGCUUUUAAGAAAGUACGGCCGUCUGUUUCUAAAAAGGACCAGCGUAUGUACGAACAGCUGAAGGAAUCUCUCACAGGGUAAGAGAGGAUCUGACCUGGGUCCAUCAGAACGGAGAAAAUCACUGCAAAAUACUACGGACCAAUGAUUUGGACAUCAAGACAUUUUGACCUCUGUAAUGACUUUAGGAUAGCUGUUUUUUUUCUAAUUGUAAACUACAUUUUAUAAGACACGUUUGCAUUCUCAUGAAAGAAAAUGUCAGUAAAAAAACAAAAAUCAUAAAAACCCUUUUAUAGAAAUGAA